UCAGACUGGUUCAGACUGUUCAUCGACAACAAAUUUUAUUGUUAAUUUUUAUUAAGUAAGAUCAAAAAUUCUAAGUAUUUUAUCCCCCCACCCCCACCGGGAAUAAGGAGAGCCAGAGAACCAUGAACAAUCCCAGGCCGACGGUUCUGGAGCAGCUGCGGCAGCUGAACAACGCCGAGCUCUUCCUGCUGUGUCAGGACUACGGGAUAAUGGUGGGUCGCAUCACGUUCACCAACCGGCGGCAGGUGGAGCGCAUGCUGACGGUGGCAGUGAUCGGGGACCGGGCCAGGGCCCGAGUACGCGACCAGAUCGCCAGGGAGCGCGACGAGGAGUACUCGCGGAAUCGCUUUGCACGCUCCCAGGGACCCAGAGCGGUGCAGCCGCCGCGUCUGAUUCCUCCGCGUAAGUCGCGCGGUCAGCAGAGGAGCGAGAGAACCGCCUCCACCAUGACAACGCCCUCCGUUCACCUGCUAAGCAGCGACCGCCCCUACUGGCCCUCUGCCAUGCCGCCAUCCAUGCGCCGCGUCCGCGGCCCGCCACUGUGGCCGCUGAGGUUUCAGCAGCGGCAGGGAGCAUCGAUUUUGGAGCGAGCUUUGUACUCCAUCAGACAUGCCAACCUGUUCGGCUUUCGGGUGCCCCCAGCGCUGUGGCGCUACGCCACCAGGGGACUCGGCUACAGGCCACGCCCCUCCGUACGUUUUCAGGGCGGCCAGGGCAGGGAAACGAUCGACCUGAGCCAAGAGCAGGAGGAGGAGCAGGAGCAGGAGGAAGAGAAUCAAUAUCAUUUAGAGGAUGAGAAUCUGUACUCGGAAGAGACCCUAGAUCAGUACGAAGAACGGCAGGAAGAAAGGUAUGAAGAAAGGUAUGCAGAAGGGCAGGAAGAAUGGCAGGAAGAACGGCAGGAAGAACGGCAGGAAGAAUGGCAGGAGGAAUGGCAGGAAGAAUGGCAGGAAGAAUGGCAGGAAGAGCGGCAGGAAGAAUGGCAGGAAGAAGUGCAGGAAUAUCAGUAUGAAGCUGAGGAUCAGGAUCACGAUCAGGUGCAGUCUGAAGAUCAGUAUGCGCAGAUUGAGCAGAACGAGCAGCAAUAUCAAGCGUAUGGGAAUGAGAAUGAGAAUCAGAAUGAGGACGUGGAUGGCAUGGCAUACCCUGGGGAGCCAUCGAACUACGGCGCCACCCGCUACUACAGCCACGAGCAUCACGAAGCCGUCUCUGUGGCUGAGCAGUCGGAGGAUCAGCGACAGCUGGAAUGGCAACUGAAUUCCACCUACGGCGAGGUUCGUUCCCAAGCGCCCUUCACCUCGCCGCAUCCGUACGAUUUUCAGGAGCUGGCUCAGCUGAAUCUCCUGGAUCGUCUGGAUCGGCUGGAUCGUCUGGAUCGCAUCGAUCACCUGGCGCAGACUCCGCUGCGAACUGUACCACAAGUUGAGGCCGAAAGCGAAAGCGAUUCCUCGGAAUAUCUCUCCUUCAGCAGCUCGGAGGCAUCCUUUCACGAUGCCAGCGAUCAGCUGGUGACGACCCUGGUCCGUGCACAGCCCGUGAAGAAGCGCUUCGAAUGGUUCGGCUGGAUGAAGCUCGCACCACGGGCCACGGGCCAGAACGAGCGCAUCGCCAAGCGGGACCAGACACGCGAACACAAUCUCGAGCACGAGCGCGAGCUCUUCACCAUCAACUAUCUGAGCGAGCUCGACGUGAAGGCGGUGCCGGAGAAGCCCCUGCUGCAGCUGAUGAGUCUCCACGAGCUGCGGCACAGCAGCGCAGAGGAUUUAAACUCCAUCGGCAGCUGUGGCGAUCUGCAGCCGAGCAUCUUCCGUCGCACCUUCGAGCUGCUGUUCUGCGAUCGCCAGGGCCUUGUGGACGCCAAGAAGGUCAGCUGCAGCCUCUGCUGCUGCUGCUGCUGCGCGACGGUGGCUGUCUAUGUAACCUUCAAGCUGAUGCGCUAGCUGCCAUCUUUGGGGCUGGUCCGGGAGUUCAACCCAGUUCCUUUGGCUUUGGCUUUGGCUUUUUAUUGGGCCUAUAAAUUGCAUUUUAAAGUGUUUCCUCUUUCCGCUUUAAUCCUUCAGUCAAUUAAGCUAAUUAAUCAUUUCGGUUGAAAGACUUAAUACAGUCCCGUCUGUGCAGCUUU